AUGUCCUCGCCUCUUGAGGCCUUGCCGAAUGAGCUCCUGGACGAAAUCAUCUCCAAUCUGUCAUCCGUGCCACCUUCUUUAGCCAAGUUACCCAAACCGCCAAGUGGCAAUAUCGUCAAGUCUAAUACCCAAGAUUUGAAGAACCUCUCACGUGCUUCGUCCCGCCUGCUUGAGGUCAUCCGACCCCAGCUUUUCUCGUACGUUUGUUUUGAUCUGAGGGACGUAGAUGAAUUUCUCUCUUUCAUAUCGACUUUCGGUCUAGCUCGACAUGUAACUUCAAUCGUGGUCAAAGGGAGACACUCCCCAGAUGAUCGAGAGGGGCCGUUCUGGUGGCGCCAGGUAUUGUCCUGCCUCGAUCCGCAGCGUAUCACCAUCGUUGCGCCACCCUCGUUCAUUGGCAAGAUGAUGGGCACUCAAAUAUUCGAAGGGCACAGCUGGGCUUUCCAACUUCCCCUGCAAAUUCUACAAUUAGAGCAGGCCACGCGACGUUUUGACCCCCAACGGGUUUCCUACCUUGAAAAAUGCUCAAGCCUCCUGGAGACUCGAACGUGGUCCUCGAUGCUUUUCAAUGAGUCUUCCUCUCUCAAAGCUUAUAAUCACUACGAGUAUUUCUUGUUCCAGGUCCCUUCUUUGUUCAGUAAAUGGGGCUCGUUGGCAUACGUCAGACCUCGCCCGCCAAAGUUAGCACUGUCCCUCGCGCUCAACAAUUUGACGACCUUCCAAUAUGCAGCCGUAUUCCCAUUCUAUAACCAUGUCAAAUUAGUCCUAAAUGCAGUCGAGAUGAUGGAAAACCUACGCUUCUUGAGUGUUCAGCUAGCACCUUCUGAGGGCGACAAGGCUACGGAGAUAGAACAGAGAGGCUCUAUGGAUCCUAGCGAUCCUUGGAUGGAGAUUGCUACAGGUUACUCACUUAUUGGACAUACUGUGAGUGAUUUGGGCAGCAGUGGCAGCCUUGUCAAAUUUCGAGCAUGCGACUAUGCAUUCGACCCUCUACGUCCCGAGUUAUCUUCCAUCCUUGGUGAAGUCCUAGAAGACAGCGAAUGGCUCCACGAUGGCCAAGGGACUUGGACUAAGAAGGAGAUUAAAGCUAGUUUAGGGGAGGAUUACAAUAUUGUUUCUGCGCCAGCUUUCCCGGUUCUCGCCUAUUCCCUUUUACCGCAACCAUAUCAGUGUCAUGACAAUAUUUUGAGAAAUUGGAAUCUCAAAGAUGACAUUCAUAGAGCGUUCAGCAAUUCUACGGAUAGCAUAUUUCGAAACGGAACCGUAAUUGGAUUCUCCAAAUUGAGAAAUCAGAGCAAGGAGAAUGAUGAUAAUGAGUUUAUCGGCCAAGUUACACGAUCACUUCUCACAGCACAGCUGUGUAAACCCUCCCCAUCAGUGAAUUCUGUUGCUAAAGCAUAUAUAAUCCACCCUGCAAGUCUCGACAUCUUCUCUCCAAAAAGGCUACUUGAGUCUUUAAUGUCCACAUCCCAACAGCCUGCCAUAUCUCGUGAAGAAGCAAUAUCACGUCUUGACUCUGUUCAACUAUUCCCUGUCUUUGACUUGGCUGCCGCUGUACAGGCAAUUGGGGAGGUCUCAGAUACUCUACAAAGGUAUCAAGUGGAGCGAGAGCUACAUAGGCCUUGUGAAACAGAACCUACAGCAAACGAUGAUUGCCUUGUCUUUCUCGUCAUCGCCGGGCUUGAUAUUCUUACCGAAGGUGUCAUUCGUGCUUCCUCCACGGUUCGAGGAACAGCAGUUCUGUCGAAUGUGCUGAGGACGUUGACAGAACUGUCCCGAAUGCAUAGCUCCUAUCUAUCCGUGAUGCUUGCUAAUGCUAGUGGGCUUGGGACUAUGACGCCCAAUACCCACAAUACCCACCGUAUCUCAGGCCAGGUGCAGCAAAGGAGAAGUCAAGGAACCAACGAGAGCAGCAUCCACUCCAUAUUCCAUGCAAAUGAGACAUCGUUGUUUCCCAGUCUUUUCAUGCGAACCCUUGAGCAAGGGAUUGAUACCCAUAUUCUGCUAUCAGUCGUUAAAUCUGUCCAAAUGGUGGAAGUCAUUAAGGAUAGGGUAGGCAAUGGCCUUGGGAGAUGGAGCACUUGGGAGGAACAAAAGACCCCAGCAAGCAACAACUUCAAGCUCGAUGAUUGA